GGUGAGGUGACACUGACAACACCAUCUAAUUGCACGUAAGGAAGUGUUUCCUUCUACGGUUUGAUGGGAUUAGAAAACUUGGGCUCUUCCAGGAGCACCACUAGUCAAAGGUGCCGCGUCGCGCUGCGGAAUAAAACGCAUCCGGUGGUGCCGCGCGCGUCACUACGCGGCGGCGCGCUGUACUGCAGACAGCUGCUGCCGUCCGGGGAUCGUCUCACUCAAACCCAUCUCGGAAGCGAGAGAGGAAGCUUAGGACGCUAGGUGGUCCGGUCUUCAAGUACUAGAGAAGCCGUCGAAGAAAUGAUGAGAGGAUAGUGGAUUUGGAUUCUGCUCCUACAGCGCAGAGGAAAAGUGGACCCUGAAAGCGUCUGACAUGAAGAAGGACAUUGAGACGUUGAUAGCAGAGGAACGUGCUGAGAUCAUCACCAAAUAUGACAAGGGCAGGGAGGAGGGCGUGGACCCCUGGGAGGAUGCAGACUACAAGGUCUACAAAGUCACCGACCGCUUCGGCUUCAUGCAUGAGGAGGAACUGCCCAGACCCAGUGCCAUGGAGGAGAAGCAAAACCAACUGGAGGCGGAGCGUGCAGAGAAGUGGGUGAAGAUGGGGAAGAAGUGGGACAAGUACAGACACAGCGAUAAGAUGGCGAAGCGAGUCUACAAGGGCAUCCCUCUGAAGCUCAGGAGCCGCGCCUGGGCUCUGCUGCUGGACCUGGACCGCGUCAAGCAGGACAACCCCGGGAAGUACGAGAAAAUGAAGCUGCAGGCACGGAGCUUCUCCACUGAGAUCAAGCAGAUUGACCUGGACGUCAACAGAACCUUCCGGAACCACAUCAUGUUCCGGGAGCGCUUCGGGGUCAUGCAGCAGGCCCUGUUUCAUGUCCUUGCAGCCUACUCUGUCUACAACACGGAGGUGAGCUACUGCCAGGGGAUGAGCCAGGUGGCCGCCAUCCUCCUCAUGUUCCUCAACGAGGAGGAGGCCUUCUGGGCCCUCUCUCAGCUGCUCACCAACACCAAGCACGCCAUGCACGGGUUCUUCAUCCCCGGGUUCCCCAAACUGCAGCGCUUCCAGAGCCACCACGACCUCAUCCUGUCCAAGAUGCUGCCCAGGCUGAAGAAACACCUGGACAAGGAGCAGAUGAUGACUGGGAUCUACACCACCAAGUGGUUCCUCCAGUGCUUCAUCGACAGGACCCCGUUCACCCUCACCCUGCGGCUGUGGGACGUCUACAUGCUGGAGGGGGAGAAGGUCCUCAGUGCCUUCGCCUACACCGCCCUCAAGCUGCACAAGAAGCGGCUGCUGAAGCUGCAGCUGGAGGACCUCCGGGAGUUCAUCCAGGAGGAUCUGGGCGUGUCCUUCUAUCUGCCCGACGACACGGUGGUGGAGCAGCUGCACGCCUCCAUGGAGGAGCUCCGCAGCAAGAAGCUGGACCUCCCGCCUCCAGCCAAAUCAGAAGAGCUGCCCAAACAGCCCCUGGGCCUGGAGAGACCGGUGCUCCUGCUGCCCCUACAGCCGGACCCCUCCACCCAGGACCCCCACCACCACAGCGAGCCCCCCAGCACCGUCAACCACGACCAGAAGCCUCCUCCUGGGAGGCCUCCAGAGUCCAACGGCCCCCCUCCUGGGCCCUUCCCCCCAGUCCUGCCCUCCCCAGACUCGGUCGUCGUUCACAAGCCGGUCCCUGACCCUUGGCCGGCCUCGGGGCCCUCCGGACCCCCUCCCAUCCCAGCCAAGACCGGCGUGGCUAGACCCGGGCCGGGGGGGCCGGCGGCGUGCGACGUGAAGGCGGGGAGGAGGAGGAAAGACGGCCGGCCCGGAGGCCCCCCCGGCGCGGGGCAGGAGGAACCGGGGGACUGGCCGCCUCCCCCUUCGUACCAGGCUCCUCCUCCUCCUCCUGAGGCCCUCGCCUUGCUUGAGGAGGAUCUCCCGGAGCUUCCCCCUCCCCCGAUGUGCUAUGAGGAGCUCCACCCCCAGACCCCCGUGGCGGCCCCUCCCCCGGCGGCGGCCCCUCCCCCUCCGUCGUUCCCGGCGCAUUUGCGCCGGCCCACGCCGCCCUCCACCCUGAACCUGGGGCGGGCGGGUGAGCUCGCCCCCCCGCGGGCCCCGCUCCCCCUCUUCUCCCCGGCGUUCCCGCCCUCAUCCUCGUCCCGACUGGCGGCGCCGCCGCCGUCGUCGUCCAAGCCCACCAUGUUCCCGGUGUCCCUGUGCGUGCCGGCCCCGCCGGGGGCCCGCCGGCCCUCCAACGCCUCCCAGUACGACAACCUGACGGACGGCGAGGACGAGGAGCGCGGCCUGGAGAGGCUCCUGGGGGCCACGCCCCCGCAGGGCCCCGCCCUGAGCUCCACGCCGGAGGAGGAGGGGCUUGCGUCGUCGUACGGCCGGCCCCCUCGGCUCGGCCCGGACGGGAGCCGCCCAUCCGACCCCGCAACGUACCCCCGCCCGCCCCCUCCGGCCGCCGUUUCCCCCCCCUCCCCUCCGUCGUCGUCGUGGUCGAGCCUGCUCCCGCCCUCCCCCUGCGCCCUCCCCUUCCUGCCCCAGGAGCCGGCGUAUGACGGACAGGACAGCUGGGUGGAGCACGCCGUGUUCCCGCCCCCCCCCCCCUGCUUCGCCGACCGCCCCUCCCCCCCGCACCAGCUCAGCUGCCACAGACUGUCGGACGCCCAGCGGGACGCCGCCGCCGCCGCCUCGUCGUCGUUGACGACGACAUCCAGGGGCCCCAGGGGCCACUCGGUGUUCCCGGCGCCCCUGCUCUACACGGGGCACGCUCGGCCCCCGGCCCAGGGGCCCGUGGUGCUGGGGCUCGGGGUCCGGUCCAGCCCAGACUUUAACAGGAUGCACGCAGAGGGACAGCAGCUUCCCAAACCAGUGACCUUCUGAGUCGGCUCUCGGACCGGCCGUGAACGUUGGGUUUGUUCUCUGAAGCAUCAAGCUUUACAGAGUCGGUCGCUUCUUGUACAAAGAACAUUGUUAAUUCGGGAACAGAUAAGGGCUCAAGUACGGCCAGUAUUUUUCUUUUUAUUCAUUUUGUGUUGAAUAACGUGUUUCUUUUCACUUGGUUCGUACCUCGUUGUUUGGUUCUUCCAUCGUCUCCUAAGGGCAGUUAGACUUUUUGUACAUUCUUUCACUUGAACUUUAAAUUGUAUUUAAAACCGUUGUCUCUUUGUUACCCAAUGCCUCAGGAAUACAGACGCACACGCAACAUUGGCUUGUCCCUGCUGGUUAAUGUGUUCAACCCAAUGUGGUUUUCAUUACACUGGAACCAGGAAAUCCUAUGCCAGCCCUAGUCAGUAUUCAGCCAAUACCCUCAAUUAUCUGUUCUCUUUUUUUAUUUUGGUAACAACAAAGUGUCUUAACAUGGAGAACGAGUAGCACGCCUUAACUCGAGGGCUUCGGAGUAUCUUCGCCCUGGCUCAGUUCCUGGGCCUGCAGCUAGGGCAUCGACUGAAGUCGUGUUUGAGUUGUAUAACGGAGCUAGUUCACAACAGCAAUUCACCACUCCUCAUCUGCAAAGGGACGUUUGGUGACCCUUAACACAGAUCAACACGUCUAACUGCUGAAUCAAACGACAGAGCGAGAGGCACAAAGUGUUCACAUCUAGUCUUAAAAAACGUGCGACAUCAGACAGGAUAUCCUGGGUGUUCGCUGCUGCAGCUCUGUCGCAACAGAUCGAAGAGACGGAAAGUGGACCCAUGUUUUAUAACCGUGGCGGUUUCUUCUUCAGUGCGUCCACCUUGUCCUGCUUGUUUAUUUAUAUCAUACCUUCAGAAUUGUAUACAACAGCCUCCAUGCUACUCUUCAGGACAUAUCGCGGCGUAGAUUAUGAUAUUUUGUGUUGUCGAUUUAGGGCAAGCCUAUGCAGGGGUAAGAAUAGGACUACACUGAGGACUGGGUGAACACAGGUCAAAUUUGGAUGUAGUCAUUACCACUUCGCCCAAACCCUAGUGUAGUGUGUCCUUUCAAUGUACAGAACCGUAGUGCCAUCUAGUGGGGAAAGAGGCACAAGUCAAAGAGAUGGGGAGAACGUUAGGGUGGCACUGACGAUUAUGUAACACUAAAACUGAACAGUUGGGCAGAUAACUGGGAUUCAGAAAGUUUGUUCGGACCUAUGCAUUUGGUUAUCCUUUUAAAGGGAAUGUUUAAAUGAAGUGCUGUUUUGAAACAGACACUCGCACACCAUUUCUGUGCUCAUUAAAUGCACACGGCAGGAAUAUAAAUAGGACAUAUAUAUUGUAUAUACACGUGGUACUUGGUGCUGUACAUGGAGCCAUGGAGACUGUUCAUUUCAAAAACUGUCAUUUAAACCGUUUCAGUUCAUAUAAGCAAUCACAACAAGCAAAGUUUUACUGAGAAAUGGAAGUUCAGCCAUGACAUGUAAUUUGUUCUGUUCAUUGAAUUGCUUCUCCUGUACAUCAGCUUUGCUUGACUUUUCACUCACACCAAAACCUUCGAUCCAAUCAGUCGAUUCAACUGCAGUUAAUUAAAAGCACUGUUUUAGAGUGAUGUUGAUGUGUGAUUUGGGCCAGAUGAGCAAGUUUGGUUUAAGGCUGCUUUAAACUGUGUUUUGGGCCCAAACGUGCAAAGAUGUUCAAUGAACUUUAUUUUAAAAAAGAACAACUUUAUUGGCUGCGUUUUCUUCCCAUCCCACAAAAGCACAACGGUAAAGUCUCACGUUUAUUGCACUUAAUUAGUAUUAUAUACUAUACACCACUUCCACCUUUUGUCAUGGACAAAUAUAUAGUUGGGAUAUAUGAGAAAAGGCACCUCAACAUUAGUGUAUCUUUACAUUUUCUGGGAGAUAUCCUUUUCAUGAGGUAUGCAUUUACCUAAGCCUCUAACGGACCUGUCUGGUAAAAGUGCAAAAGGUCAAAGGUCGUCAAGGUAUUUCUCUUUGGUAAAAUAUUGAGUUUUGUUAAACAUUUUUCUACAUCCAUUUUGUCUGCAUUAUUCUUCAUGAAUGAGAUGACAAUGGAAAAAAUACAUAAUUUAGGAAAAAGACAGCAUUCGCAUUAUUUACCCGUGUUUAAAAAAAAACAUUUGUUAUAUCACAACUUCAUGGACUGCAUCUUUGUUAGUGUUUGGCGGGCACAGGAAACCCAACACGUCUUCUUCAACCCAGUUUGGUGAAACACACCAACCAGGAACAUGCUGGCUUGGGUCUCGCUUGGUAGAGUUGCACCGUGUUUAGUUAGGAUCUGGCUAGGGGUUGGUGCUUGCUGCUAGCGGUUGGUGCCAGCUGCUAGCGGUUGGUGCUAGCUGCUAGCGGUUGGUGCUAACUGCUAGCCGCUAGGGUUGGGACAGCGGUCAUAGCAGCGGAGUCCUGGAGCAGCGGUCAUAGCCUCAGCUUGGUCAUAAGGUCGGAGAGGGAGGUGACGCUGGUCUCGAGCGCAGAGCGGUCCUCCUGGCCCAGGGUGGUCUCGGCCAGACGCAUUGAUCCGUUUGCACCCAGCAGGCAGGGCAGGCUGAGGAAGACCUCUGACACCACCCCGCCCCAGCCCUGCAGAGAACAGAACACACACACACACACACACACACACUUCAGUUAAACCCUCCUCCUGGCUGCUCCCUGUCGUUAAUUAGUGUGGGGGUUAAUUGGGUAAUUGGUUGUGUCAUUGAUUUGA